AUGAACAUGGGAAAAGAAAUCCAGCUAAGGCCCAAGGUGAAUGUCUCUUCUUACAUCCACUUUUUGCUGAGUUACAGAAACAAGUUCAAGGAGCAGCAGCCAAAUACCUACCUUGGCUUUAAAGAGUUCUCUAGAAAGUGUUCGGAAAAAUGGAGGUCCAUCUCCAAGCAUGAAAAGGCCAAAUAUGAAGCCCUGGCCAAGCUCGACAAAGCCCGAUACCAGGAAGAGAUGAUGAAUUACACUGGGAAGAAAAAGAAACGGAGAAAGCGGGACCCCCAUGCACCCAGACGGCCUCCAUCGUCCUUCCUACUCUUCUGCCAAGACCACUAUGCCCAGCUGAAGAGGGAGAAUCCGAACUGGUCGGUGGUGCAGGUGGCAAAGGCCUCGGGGGAGAUGUGGUCUGCAACCGCAGACGUCGAAAAGCAGCCGUAUGAACAAAGAGCAGCUCUCCUGAGAGCUAAGUACCAAGAGGAAUUGGAAGUCUACCAUAAACAACGUGAUGCCCGGAAGAGCCUCCAAGGGUCGGUUAAGAACCAGUGCAGAGGGGUUGGACAAACUGAGUCGGACAAAGCUGCUGCGUCCAAUUAG